GAGACAGUCAGUGGCUAAUUUGAAUUAAGGCCUAAUGUGAUUUUGGUAUAAAAGAGCCAUUUAGAAGGACUCCCAAAUGUUUAUAAAAACAUUCAAGUCUCCACGUCCUCUGGUAGUCAGCUGACGCUUUAUGUCACAUGCCCAAAACGAUCAGACAUCAGAAUCUUCACAAGGCCGCACCAUUACACUCUAUUAAUUAUGCUAUAACGACUUCCUGUUUAUUCGUUCAAAUCUCAUCAGAAGUGCGUGGCUUUACUUGAGUUUGCAAGUUGGCUUUUGCAUGCCAAAACUGCAUGGCGUGCACACUCGCUGAUCAAGGUCAACACCUACUUUACCUCAUGCACAAACUCUCCAAAACACAAACUAGUUUCCUCCUACCGACCGAGAGAGAGGGACGGCUGACCGGCAUGCUCUAUGGGCGUAUAGAGUUACGGCACGCAACUAAAAACAAAAAAGGACACAUCGUGUUUUGUUAGUUGACCACCUGUAUUGUGCUUGUUUGUUUGUGUGGGUGUGUGUUUCUGAUCAGCUCUAUGCUUCUGGUGUGGCUUUCCCCAACAGACCGCUAUGGGAAUCCCAACCUGGUAUGUGUAACCCGGUGGAACUCGCAGUGACCUUGUGAUUGUGAGGGCGCACCAGACGCACCUCAGGGGGGACCACACCAUACUGGCACCUAUCUGAAGGGGAACUCACCCGGCUUUUACCCACUGUGGAAGGGAACACACCUACAGGUAGGCUGGAACCUACUUGAGGGGGAGAACGCCUGUUUGGCUCCCACAAGAAGGGGAACACAUCUAACUGGGACCUACUGGAAGGGGAACACGUCUGACUGGGAGCGGAGAGCAGCUGGCCGGUAGCUCACUGAAGGGGAACACAACUGUGGAAGGCAACAUAUCUGGCUGGCAGCUACUGCAAGGGGGACACAUCUCGUUGAUACCUACUAGUACACAGGGGAAGGACAGCUGGUUGGUGGUACCCACUGUGGUGAGAGGACACACCUGGUUGGGACGUGCCAUAAUCAGCAGCAGUCAUGAUUGACCUGAGCCACCUGACUGAGGAGGAGCAGGAGAAGAUUUUGGCGGUCCUGAAGAGAGACGCCGACUUGAAGAAGAGGGACACUAUGCGCGUGAAAGAACUGCACAAGACUGUUCGAGAUAAGAACCGACUGAAGUAUCUGACUGGAGACUGGUUCUAUGAGACCAAGUCACGAAGGCACAAUGACAAAAUCCAUGGCUGUGACAUCAUCCGAGCCUCCAUCAGACAGAGAAGGCCUGUCACUAUAUUUGAACUCUCCAAGUUAUGGGCUGAAAAAGCAGGAACAACAGAUAGCACUAGUGCCCCAGAGGAAAGUCAGAGGAACCCAGCCAGCACCCCAGAAAAUCAGUCAGACGGGCCAAGACCAGCGCCCCAAUCCAAGCAAAGGCAAAAUCCGUUCAACAACACCCCAGCGUCCCCUGUGUUCCGGGGAGAGGGUGGCUCGAGGCGGCUGUCCAAUGGCAAGGCUCACGCUGGCACGGCACCUGUAGGGGAGCUUCUCCCAUCCCCCGAGAGCCCCAUUGCAACACUUACUAAUCAAUCCUCAGAGAGCUCUGAACACUCACAAGGCUCACCGAAUCCGCCCAGACCCGUGCCAAGAAAGAGACUUUUACACGUCUCCCCGAACUCGUCUGUAGACAACAAUGAGCCGGCUUUCAAACCGAGCACGGUGCCUUCACCCAAAAGUAUCCUGAAGCAAAGUCCAAGAAGCAGCCCCAUUCGCAGCCCCAUUCGCAGCCCCAUUGGCAGCUCCCUGGUUCCCCUCUCGCUCCCUCGCUGCCCCAGUGCCGAGCCGAGCCAGACUAGCCUGGAUCUUCCCGAAUCUCCCUGCUCCGGCUCUGGCACACUAGACAAAAAACAGGUCCAGUUCUCCGGCUCUGUUAGGGGCAGAAACGCAGCACGUCGACGGUCAAGCCAAGACUCUGUCGAAAACGACUUUCUGGACGGGGACGUGCUUGUGGCCUCCGAUGACGAGGGGUCAGACAGUAGCAGCAGUAGCAGCAGUGAGGAAGAGGAGGAAGUGGAUGUCAGCAGUGAGGCCCAUUCCACCUCCAGAGAGGACAGUCCCAUCUUCCUCGAUCCGCCGCCGAGGAACGACUCCAGACUCUCCAUCUACUCCCAGUCUUCUUCCGACAGUUCUCGCGUAUCGAACAGUAGACCGGUGAAUGGUGGAGUGGUGGUGAUAACAGGUUACCAUGACAAUGUCGCUGAGACCCCUGCAAGUAAGGUGCCCAGCCGCUAUGCCACUUGGACAGACACAGGUAAGAGCAGCGAGCAGCAACCAGGACCCCUGAGCCCUAAGUUAACAGAGGUGGAGAGUUACUCCUUUACUAAGGUACUCGACUGGUUCAGGCGAAACGCAGGCCGCUAUCGGAGACCAAGGAAGCGCAGCCGGGGAGACACUAUCAAAGUUGUUGAAGAGAGCGCGUGUGGCACAGAGAGCAAGUCCUCGGAGGAAACAGCCUCAUCUGAAAGCAGGAGAGCAUCCAACACUUUGCCUAAGACCAGAAGAGGUCUGCUGUCAUUUUUCUUAAGAGGACAUGCAAUAGAACCUGAGACCACUGACACAAUCUCACCAGAUACAAAAGAACCUGAGUAUGUUAACACAACCUCACCAGAUGGAAAAGAACCUAAUACCCCUGACACAACCUCAAUAGAUGCAAAAGAACCCAACACCCCUAAGACAUCCUCACCAGAUGCAAAUGAACCUGAGACCCCCACCACAACCUCACUAGAUACAAAAGAACUCAACACCUCUAAGACAACCUCACCAGUUGCAAAAGACCCUGACACCGCUAAGACAUCCUCACCAGAUGGAAAUGGACCUGAGAUCCCUACCACAACCUCCCUAGAUUCAAAAGAACUCAACACCCAUAGGACAACCUCAAGAGUUGUAAAAGAAUCUGACACAAUUGACACAACCACACCAGAUGCAAAAGAACCAGACACCCCUAAGACAACCUCACCAGCGAAAGAUGUGGAGUCUCCGUCUUCUGAAGAAGGUACCAUUGGCCAGGAUGUUACACUGGCACAGAACGAAUGUGUGGCAACCUCAACUGUGGAGGAGAUAGCUAGCCAUCAGCCGGAGGAGCCAGAACCAAGUAUUUCUGAUAUUAAUUCAGACAGUCAGAGCACCCUGUGCAAUGCUAUAGAAAGUUGUGAGGAAAGAGAACAGGCGUCAUCACCUGAGCUGAGGUCCGUUUGCGAAGCAGAGCAUCAGGACCCCAUUGCUCCACAAAGUCCAGAGGGAACGCAAGAUCCUCCCAGCCAGGAAGACGACUUUUCUGAUGACCAAGGAUAUGUUGUCAAGGCAGAACGGGUUGUGGUUUUGGAGGAAUGUGACACAUCAUCGGAAGCCUCUAGCCUAAAGGACAUGGGCACACAUGCACAAGGUAUGACUGAUUAUCCCAGCGAGAAAAGUGAUGAAGACUUUGUGCAGCACACACGACUCAAACAUGGCCGAUUACAUCUCUCAGUUGAGCCCUCUUAUGAGGGAGAAGUGUCCUCGCCUGAGAGCACUAGUUCAAUGACUACUGACUCGCAAAGCGUGUCACAGGCCACUGACAGUAGUGAUGUCCAACAGGAACUUAGUUCUCCCAUUCCUCCCCUAGCCCUAAGCGGCAGACAUAUUUACACCCCGCAGCUGAAACUGUCUGAAAGCGAACAACAAGAUAAGGCCAUUCUAGUCAGGAACCUUAGAGCUAUGUGGGAGGAAGAGAAACGCAAAUUAAAUCUUGAUGUGGUAAAAGCAAAAGGAGAUGCUUUCUUGAAAGCUGAUAAAAAUAAAACAGCCUCCCCUCGAGGGUCUAGGAAGAAGCUGAGUAAAUCUCUGUCAGGCAGCUCAGAGUUGAGUCAGAAACGUAGCACAAGAAGCAGGUCCCUGCAAAGGGAGAACGCCACUCUUACUGUGGAGGGAGCUAGAAGAAAGAGCGUGGCAGAAAUAAAAAUACAUUCUCAGUGGAUAGCAGAAACGAAUCAAUCCUUAACAACAGAAAAUAUCAAGAAGCAGUCAUCUCUACCCAAGACCAAAUCACUAGAUGCAACAAACACGUAUCAUUCAGCGAAUACAGAUUCAGACACAUCCAGUGUGAGGAGUCAAAAGAAAAGCUCAAUGAAGGCGAGAAUCAUGGCUCACAGUCAAGCAAAAAGUCUUGCAACAACUCCCAGUCCACCGGAACAAAGGAUGUCCCGUAGAACUUUGUACAAAACUAGUCUUGAUGGUUCUCCACUGAGAACUGUUCCUAUUGAUAUUGGAACACUAGAUUCUGAUGCUGCCACAUCUGAGGAUCUUUCAGUGCCCUCUGCAAAAUUUUCUAGAACACCAUCUCCUAGGGAGCGAGAGUUCCACACUGAAUCGUUGUCUGAGAGAAAAGACAAAAACGGUGCUGGUUUUCAGAUGAAGAAAGAGAAGUCCCCUCAGUCCAAACAAAAAGCAAGGACGGAGCAAACUCAGCUGUACGAGACCUAUUAUACUCCACCUCAGUCUCCCCCGAAGUCUGCCAGGCAAUUGGCCAGGAGAGCCAGCUCAGGGAACUAUCAAGGAAGUCUGAAAAUCUCUCUUGAAGUAUCACCUGUGCAUGUGAGAGUUCAAAAGCACCAUGGAUCCUCUUCACACCAUGUCAGGAGAAGUUCAAGUGGUGGCGGGAGGAAGGGAAGCAUCUCUAAACACAGGGAACAAGACGUUACAAUGGCUGUAGAAGUUGUCCAACGUACCAAAUCUUCAGGCUCAGGCGACGAGAGAGAGCAGGUGCUUGUCCCAUUGUGCUUCGAUCGUUCAGACAUAGAGAGCCAGGCAGAGGAGCUCUCCACUCAGGAGGACAUAAUGGAUGAAGCAAGUAGCGAUAGCUCGCCCUCUCAGUAUACGGUGGGCUCAGCGGACCUUGGAUCUUCCAGGGGCAGCACACCUGAGCCAUGGUCUCACGCAAGUUCGGCCUGUAAUAGUCAGAAUACAACCCCUGUCCGUGGCAUAUUGAAACGACCUGCAUCAAGGCCAAUGUCAUUUUCAAAAAGCAUGGAAGACAUUACAACAAUGCCGGCCCGUGAGGAAAGGAUGAAUAGUGAACAGAAGAGUGACCAUAUGCUCAGUAUGGAUAAUGUGUCCGCAGCCCCACCCUCACCGUGCUCCACCCUGGACACAGAUCAGAUGAAGAGGAUGAGUGCAUCUGUGCCUGCCUUCCUGCAGCAAGAGAGUGAUGAGAGAGACAGUGACUGCGCCUCAGACAACAGCAUGAACUCACCACACCACCAGUGGCGACUCAAUUCACUAACUAACAACUCCGUCUCUGGCAUGUCUACAACUUCCUCUGUGAGUGGCAGCGUGAUGAGUAUCUACAGUGUGGACUAUGGCAACGUGGAGGUGAAGGGAACCAUCCAGUUCGCCAUGAACUAUGUGGAGAAGCUGGGGGAGUUUCACAUCUUCGUGGUACAGUGCCGAGACUUGGCUGUGGCCGAGCCCAAGAGAAACCGCUCUGAUCCGUAUGUGAAGUGUUACCUUUUACCUGACAAAGCAAAGCUGGGCAAGAGGAAAACCAGCGUUAAAAAGAAGACAUUCAACCCUACCUUCAAUGAAAUCCUAAGGUACAAGAUUCCAUGUGAGGUUUUAAGAAGUACAAUACUGAACCUUUCCGUCUGGCACAACGACAACUUUGGGAGAAACAGCUUCCUUGGAGAGGUGGAUGUGGACCUGAACGAAUGGAGCAUCACUGACACACAGAUGAAACACUACUUGCUCAGACCGCGGGUUGUCACACAACCCUCGACAGAGGACCACAGAGGUGAUCUCAAAGUGGCUGUGCGCUUCCUGCCCAAGGUUACACAGAGUAAGAGAGCGUCUAAGUCGGGAGAGCUGCAGAUCUGGGUGAAAGAAUGUCGAAACCUUCCUGUCGUACGAGGCGCCAUCAUAGAUCCUUUUGUCAAAUGCACAGUGCUGCCUGACUCAUUCAAGAAAAGCCGUCAGAAGACUCGCGUGGCAAAGAAGACGGCUGAUCCCGUGUUCAACCACACGAUGGUCUACGAUGGCCUCAGGCCAGAAGACCUGUGUGAGAUUUGUGUGGAGCUGACAGUGUGGGACCAUGACAGACUUACCAACCAUUUCCUGGGAGGCUGCAGGUUGGGUUUAGGGACAGGUAAAAGUUACGGCACAGAUGUUGACUGGAUGGACUCCAGCUCUGAAGAGGCAGCACUGUGGAGCCAGAUGAUGACUUCGCAGGGCGAAUGGAUUGAAGAUGUGUUUCCUCUGAGAAUGUUGAUGAUGGCAAGAAGUAUGUCCAAAUAAAGACAUUUGAAGACGUG